AUGUCUUUCUCCAUCAAAGGCCUCCUCUCUAGUUACUCCCCUGUCUCGGAAUACUCCCCCGACCUAGAAAAGGAGUAUCACCUCCCGCUACAGAAUGAGAGUGAACUUGGGUCCACCACAGACAAAAACUCAUCUAGUUUCCAAGGAAGAUUGGAGAAAAAGGAAUCCAGAUUUAUCGAUGGCCGAACUAUCUCAGACGCUAUCAUCGGUCUGUCCGACGGAAUGACUGUGCCAUUUGCUCUGACGGCUGGACUCUCCGCCCUAGGUGACACCAAGGUAGUGGUAUUCGGAGGAUUUGCAGAACUCAUUGCGGGUGCGAUAUCCAUGGGAUUAGGUGGAUAUCUCGGAGCCAAGAGUGAAGAAGAAUCCUACCGCGCCACAUACAAAGAAACCGAAACACAAACCAUGACUGAUCCCGCCUCCGUAACAGACACCGUCUCGGAGAUCUUCGCUCCCUACGAUCUCCCUCCAGCCCUUGUAUCUGAACUCACUGGUCACCUCGCGUCCUCGCCCAUGCUCCCUUCCUUUCUCAUGAACUUCCACCACACGCUACAGGAACCGUCCGGGUCGCGCGCUUUUACUUGUGCCUUAACCAUCGCCCUAGGCUACUUCAUUGGGGGCUUUGUACCGCUGGUGCCGUACUUCUUUGUUGGACCGCAAGAUGCCUUCCUUGCGCUACGGUGGUCGAUCGCAACUAUGGCCGUGGCACUGUUUCUAUUUGGGUAUGGCAAGACGUGUUUCGUGAGCGGAUGGAAGGGGAAACAGAAUAUUCGACGCGGUCUGAUAGGCGGAUUUCAGAUGGUAUUAGUGGGAGGGGUGGCGGCAGGGUCGGCCAUGGGACUGGUGAAGGGAUUCCAGCUAUUAGCUUCUAAAUGA